CAGCACCGUAUUUGCCCCAACGACUUGCACAUUUCUAGACGCUCUCAAUUCGCAAUCCCUACGGUACACAUGGUGGCAUCUCCCCCUCCACACACAUGACCAGCGGUCUGAUGCGGCGCUUCUGCUCGACGUUUGCCCGCACGCACCCUCAAGCCACGACGACUGCCGCAUGGCUCGCUGCGCCCCGCCUGCUGGCGCUCAAGCAGUACAGGAGGACGCUGACCGAUGCCGGCUGCACACAGGCUCCGGUGGCAAGGCACUGGUUCACGAGCUCGUCGCCAUGCUCGCACCCCGGGCAGGAUGAGUGCGAGAAGAAGCGCAUCCACGAGCGCGACUUGAAGCUGGGAGACACCAUCCGAGUCCUGCACGAACGCCUGCCGACGCUUUUGAUAUCACCGCUCCCCCAGGACAUCCUCUCCCCGCACAUUAGCCUGCACCUGUUUCCCUCGACCCACCCACAUCUGCCGACGGUGAGCGGGCGGUUUUCGUACGUCGCAGCACUGUGGACGGCGCCGGUCGCAUGGGGCCAGGUUCCCGUGGUGGGCAACGUGAAGCUCAGGAUACUGUCUGAGCGCAUGGUGAAGAAUGGCGGGUGCUCGACAGCGAGCAACGUGCGCAACGAGAAGCUGAUUGUGCGGUGGCAGACAUGUGGCAAGUCGGACAGGAAGGAGAACGGGCAGGUCAGCGACGUGGUGGAGAAAAUCACCAGCAUCGUGGCGGGGUCCAAGCGACCACAGCAGGAAUUCACGGGCCUGUUCAAGUUUGAGUUUGACGACGAGGGGCGCAUUCUGAACCACAUCAUCGAGCACACCGAGGAGGGCCAGCACUGGGAUCGGACGGCGACCAUGAUCAGCGUGACGGACUGGCUUCUGGGCCGCGCGUGGGGGCGGAGCGAGGGCAACCCCAGCCUGGCGUUUGUGAGGUGCAAUGAGCGCGGCCAUGGGCGCGGGCGUGGUGGUGACGAGCGGCGAUGAAACGCCAUCAGUCCAUGCUGUCGACGCUGUCGGCUGCUGCCCACUGCUGCUGGUGCGCCCGCCCCUCGAUACUGGUCCUCAGCGUCGCGGGAAAAAUUUUCUACUCUCACCACUCCACACGUGUACAAGACAUGUAAUGCUAGCACCCAGUAAUGACGUUGGUCGUGUACGGCCG